GAUGACGAAUAGGCCUUGUUUUGAUGUGUAAUUUAGUACACAUGUAACGUAGACUUAGAUCAGAGCUGUCCAGUUUUAAAUCUGUCAAAAUGGCCACGUAUCACUCUUCAGCUUUAGACGGGGAUGAUUCCUUUGAUUUCCUGUUUAAAAUCGUUCUCAUCGGCGAUGCUGGUGUCGGGAAAACCUGUGUCGUCCAGCGGUUCAAGUCUGGCACUUAUGUCGAGAAGCACGGCAGCACGAUUGGCGUUGAUUUCACGAUGAAAACGUUAACUAUAGAUGGAAAACUAGUAAAGCUUCAGAUCUGGGAUACAGCUGGACAAGAACGAUUUAGAACUAUCACACAGAGCUACUACAGAAGUGCCAAUGGAGUCAUUGUAGCUUAUGACAUAACUAAGAAGAUGACAUUUGAAAGUCUACCUCGAUGGCUCGAAGAUGUAAAGAAAUAUGCUGGUAGUAAUGUGGUCCAACUGCUUGUAGGAAAUAAAAAAGACCUAGAGGAGAUGCGAGAGGUGAAUGUGGCAGAUGCUCAUGCCUUCGCACAACAACAGGGUAUGAUGGAUAUGUUAGAGACCAGUGCAAAGGACAACACAAAUAUUGAUGAAGCUUUCCUGAAAAUGGCCAAGGAGCUGAAGAGAAUUCAUGGUGGGGAUUCUGGUUUGGACAAUAGCAACACUGGUAGUAUCAACCUCAACACGAAGUCUGUUGGAAUGGGAUGGCCUUGCUGUGGAAGCUAACACAUGGAAGACAACUCCUGGCCAGAAUCUUACUUCCUUGUUCACACAGAACAGCAGGUCACAGGUGAUUGCCUCUUCUUUCCAAGCUUCCUUAAUAAUAACAUACAACAUGACUGUGUAAUAUAGUAAAUGACAGUUUUUUUGUCUGGCUUGUAUUUUCUUGCCUCAAGAUGUCGCCAGUGACUCUGUAGGUCACAAGUCUGUGGAAAGACACAGUUGGAAAUCCAUUUAUAUGACGUAAGAAGUUGAUGUCCCUCCUUCUUUUAAAAUUAAUCUUACCUGCCAUGAUAGUAAUAGAAGGACCAUCAAGUGAUGUUCAUUCCAGGUACAAGUAGUGUGUUUAUAACUGGUAUUAGCCUGAAAACUGAUGUUAUUGUCUCAAGUAGCAUUAGAAGCAACAUUUUUAAUGUUAAAAUGAUAAAAUGAACAGUUUUAGCAUAUGGAAUAGUCUCUUUCACAAGUGUGCACUUUAUGUUACUGAACAGAAAACUUUUAUCAGUCUUAUUGGUAUGCUUAAAUUUACCUCCACCUAUUAAUCUACUUCAGUAAUUUUUAUGACCCAUUUUAGGGGAAUAAAUUUGGUGCUAUGGAUUAAAUUAUGCUUAUAAUCUGUGCACUUCUGAUGUUAGCAAAUAUGUUGGUGUGCAAAAUAUUAGAGUUUUGGGGAGGUUGUACCACAUUUUCCACAUGAGAUAAUCUGCAUCUAGUGGAAACUAUACUUCUUGCUAAGCAGUGUUGUAAUCAGGUAACAUGGUUUGCAGUUGUGGUUGUCACAUCUAAUUGACAUCAUGCUUAGACCCUCUACAAAGGGAUGCAGAAUCAAUGCUAAUUUACUGACUGGAAAUUCCAGGGUUAAAAACUAAUACCUACACUUUAGCUUACCUGUGAUUCGGGUGUAUUUUGUAUAUAAUAGUCUCAUCCGAGAUAUAUUUAUCUUUUACACCAAUCAGUGACAAUUCUUUAUCCUUAUGAAAGUUAACCUUUUACCUUGGAUAUCACUGUCAGUGUCAAUGCUUUUUGCUUUUAACUUCUGAAAACUAAAUAUCUGUCUUCCAGCAUGUGUUUCUGUCUCCUUGGAUUAAUUGGGAUCAAGAUUAAUCAGUGUAUUUGAAAGUAUCAAGAUGUCCUAUCGGAAUUUUAACAAGUGAUAUCUGCACAUUUGGACCCCUCAUCCCCGAGCACACACACACACGUCAAAACCCUCUAUCACCACCCUCUCUCCACGUACACAUUUGCCUUAGUCCCCCCUCAACCCCAAUUGCACGCUUUUGAUUUCAUUCUUACACCAUGGAUCUCAGAAAGACAGAAGUGCUUCACAAUGUUUACAAAUCUAAAAGAGGAUAAAAAAGACAAGAUUUGAUAAUGAAUUAUUUAUUGUUCCUUAUUAUAUGAAUUGUUAAAAAAAAAAAGUUUUAGUGUGUUGCAGUGAAGCAUCUGUCUGUAAGAAUGUAGAUUUCCUUCUUGCUGAAUGUCCAAUUUUGUCUAAUCUUGAUCUAGUAUUAGUGUCCAGAGUAACUUUUUGCACUACAUGGUGCUUAUCAUUUGUGAUAGCAGGAAGCACUGGGGCGGGUUGUUUGAAAGUGUAAUAAAAAUUAAUCCAGGCUUAAAUCUUAAUACCACUCUUGAUGUAUUACAAUUUCACAACAAAUGAAAUUCAAAUCUAGACUAAAGCUAUUACUGUGUUUACCUGCUAAUACACCUGGCAAAGGCAAGGUGUAUUAUAUGUUUAGAUGCUUUUUUCUGGUACUUGUAUCAUAUCAAGACAGUUUUCUUUGCAUUACUCUUGUGUCCUUAUUUUGGUGGGGGGAGGGGGUAUUUUCUAGCAUAUUUGUGCGUACACCAUUUUGUAAUAUUUUUUUUUUAGGAUUGGAUUUCAGUUAUCAACAUGUCUGCAGUCUUUCUGAGGCUCAGAAGUUGGCCUGAAAUAGAUUGUUAUUUAAAGACAUGCUGUAUUACAAACAAUAAUUCAGUUUAAGAAUCUGGGCAUCAGUAUUUUUUUUAUGAGUGUGUACUAGUACCUUAAGGUGUAAUCAAUACAGGCUACAAGCAGUUCACUCGAAAAGGAAAUAAUCACUGUGUCUGUUUGAUUAGCUUGAACUAUAUGCCAUCCAUUGCAAGCCUUUCAGUAUGAAAAUAGUGUAUGUUAAUCUAAUAUUACCUGUAAUUUGUGUCAAAAACCGUUGCCAUCUUGUAUAAUUGAAAUCGUAGGGAGAUGUUGGAAAUCCUAUGUCAUUUAUAUUAACAAUAUAGUUAGAUGGUAUGUAGUUCUAGAUGGUAUGUAGAAAGAGAAAACAUACUAAGUCAUUCUAAAGUUAAAUAAGCAUUUUCUGCCUAGCCCUGUAAUGGUUUUUAUCUUGGAUGUUUGAAUGCCGACAUGGAUGUUGUUAACACCCUUGCUCAUAUGAAAUGAAACUAAUUUGAGGUUUAGUGUUGAUCAAACUUGAUUUACCCAGGUUCUUGUAUUUAUUUCUACCAUUGUUUUUUAUUUCAUAGAGUAUAAGAAUACCCAUGAGAAAGAUAACAGACUAAAAUAUGGAAAACUGACAAAUGUGAUGUAAUAAAGCUUAUGACUAGUAAUAUGGCACAUUGUGAUAUGUAAUCAAUGGAAAUGACCAUUUUAUUUUGCUAAGGAGACAAAGAAGUGACAUAAAUAUAUCAGGAUUAUUUCCAAACUUUUCUCAGCUUUUUCUUUGCAAUAUGUCUAUGCUAUUCACAAACUAAGAGUGUUAGUGUUGUGGUAAUGUGUGUGAAGUUGGAUCCAAGCUACAUGUGCAGGGACCAGUGGUAUAUUUAUACAUAUAUAUAUACACACAUAUAUAUAUAGAAUAGUUCUGUGUAAGUCUGUAUGUAUGGUAUUUAAAGUUUUACUGUAGUGUAUUGUAUACAGGUUGUGCUGACAGUCAGAUGCAGUAUUGCAAGAGGACAUACAUGUAUUGUACAUUUUUAGUAAAUUUUUGAAAACGCAUGUAGUUGGCAGGUUUAUUAUUUAAAAUUUAAAUUUUUAGUCCGAUGAACUAGGGAUUAGCAGGAUAUUAUGAAUUGAUUUAUACAUGUACAAUAGACAUACACUAAAACAAAUUUAAUCACAGGGGUAUGAACUAAACUUUCACCUGGAUCCAUUUCUACUAGUGUUUAAAGACCAGGGGCUGCUUUCUGAGACAUAUUACAGAGACUUUCCAUUGUAAAUGGUUAUAAUUUUUGUACUUUGCAACAUUUCUCAUGUUGACUGGUCAUUAGCGCUAUGUUUCAAACAUCUUUCAGGUACAUGGAAUUCAUUGGACUGGUUCAGCCCAAGAUCUGACAACAUUUGUAGAAGUGAAAACAAAAUUGAAGUGAUGAAAUAAAUAUAUAAUGGACAUCUUAUACAAGUACUUUGGGGUCUCCGUGGCUCAGUUGGUUAGCGCUUUAGCGUAGCACAAUGACCCAGGAGCCUCUCACCAAUGCGGUCGCUGUGAGUUCAAGUCCAGCUCAUGCUGGCUUGCUCUCCAGCCGUAUUCUGGAAGGUCUGCCAAGAACCAGUGGAUAGUCGUGGGUUUUCCCUGGCCUGUGCCCGGUUUCCUCCCACCAUAAUGCUGGCUUCUGUUGUAUAAGCGAAAGAUUCUUGAGUACGGCGUAAAACAGCAAUCAAACAAAUAAAUAAAAUACAUGUAUCUUCAUUUUUACUACUGAGGAUUUAUUCAGAAAAAUUGAAAUCAACUAAAAAAGAAAAACAAAGACUAACAAGCAAGCACAGUAAGCAUACAUGUACAGUGUAUAUACUAUUUGAUGUAUGAAUAUGUAAGUUGUGUUUUUUGUCUCCGUCUUGCAGCUUGCAGUAGCACAAGCUAUAUGUACAUACUGGUUCUGGCUUUUGUACAGCACCCACUGUAGUGUUGUUGGGUCUCUAUUUUCUUGGCUGCACUAUGUGUGUAUAUACUGAACAGUUUCAUGAAUAAAUGUUUAUGGAAAUAUCAUGGUU